AUGGCGCUGCCCUACCAAUGUCUUGUUGCGCACAGCUCCAGAGAUGCAGGCGACUGGACGCUUUUCGGUGCGAGCGGCCCAAAGCUGGUCGUCCAGUCCAGCCAUGGAGUGACAUCAAUGUGGCCAGAGCAAGAAGCGCAGACUGAAGCGCAGCAAGACGGCGAAUCCGAGGAGCGCCCAGGCAAAAGGAUCAAGCUGGAACAACCAAAAGAGCAGACAUCCAACUUUUCAGACCUGAUACUAUCACAUAGCGGACAGUACCUGAUCGGUGUAACCGGCGAGGACAAAUGCAUCCGUGUCUUUCAGGUCGAUUCCCAGGGUCGACUACAGCAAUUAAGCGAGAGGUGCAUGUCAAGAAGGCCUUCUUCAAUUGCAAUUACAUCCGAUGACUCGACAAUUCUAUGUGCGGACAAGUUUGGAGACGUGUAUGCUCUGCCACUGCUUCACUCGCCAGAAGACGACAAGGCCGAGCUGUCAGAGGCCCCAGCAGCCGAACCCGAGCAAAAAGACUGGAUGCCGUCCGCUACUACUCUGACAGUUCACUCUGGCAGAAAUCGGAAGACGCUGGAGGAGCAGCUCAAGCAAAAGGCAAAGGGGCUAGUCAAGUCCAAGGAGCCCAUGCGCUUCAAGCACGAACUCCUCCUCGGUCACGUUUCUAUGCUCACAGAUGUUGUCUUUGUAAAGGUAGAUGGCCGAAGCUACAUCAUAACGGCUGACCGUGAUGAGCACAUUCGAGUUUCAAGAGGUCAACCGCAGGCGCAUAUCAUUGAAGGCUUCUGCUUCGGCCAUGAGGCCUUUGUAAGCAGGCUGUGUCUCACCCCAUCUGGCCUGCUUGUCUCUGGCGGCGGAGACGAUGAUGUGUUCGUAUGGGAUUGGCAAGCAGGCUCUCUGAAAGAGAAACUGGCUAUUCGGGAUCUCGCCUUUGGUCAUCUCCAAGAACGGAACAUGGUCCCAAUAGACCUGGAGCGUACCCACUACAAAGUCGCAGUCUCUGGUAUAUGGGUCCUGCCAAGUGAUGGAAGCAAUGCCGAGACAAUACUCGUAGCAUGUGAAGGUGUUCCGGCGCUCUUCACCCUGACCCUAGGAGGAUCCGCGCCUGGUCUACACAUUCCACUGAAUGGCAACGCGCUGGAUAUCGCUAUGAUGACAGCGUCGACAGGCUCGGUUCAAAUGGUGGUCUCGGUAGACCACAUUCAUAAAGCAGGCUCCACCAACGAGAAGCGCGAGGAUCCAGUACCGAGGCUGCAGUAUUUCUCGCUACAAUCCAACGGCACGUGGCAGGAGGACAGCGGGCUUGCAAAGACGUUUGAGGCUGUUGAGCGCAGUGGAAACCCGGGUAAUAGCAAUGGCGAUGUCCCGAGCGGGGACGACCAAUCCGUCCGAGGCCUGCUCUACAACAUGGAGAACCUCAGAAAGCGACCGGGCGCGGAGGAUUAGCCAGCAACCUUGCGAGAUGUGUGUAGAGGAGAGAAGAUAGAUGUCAAACACGGAGCAAAUAUACGAAGAUAGCAAGUAGACCGU